CCCCGGGCGGCGGGGCGGAGCGGCGGGAAGUAGCACUCGCAGCAGCAACAGCAGCUGUCUGUGACCGGUUUGGCAUCGGGUUUGUAGCAAGGAGUAUCCUGGGAUUGCUGCGGCCCCCUUCCCUCCAUCACUCGCCUUCUGCCUCUUGCCGCCCUGCGCGGGCGCGGUGCUGGUGGCCGGAGUGUCUCAGCCCGCUCCCUUCGCCCUUCCCGCCGCUGCGUAGGCCCGGCGCUGCGAGGCAUGAAGCUGACCAAAGCCCAGUACGAUGAAAUAGCCCAGUUCCUGGGGCACGUGCAACCUACUCGGCAGAACUUGAGGAAGCUGAAGGAGAAGUUCCCUAGUCAAUCGCAGUCCACUCUGCUGAGCAUCUUCUCCCAGGAGUACCAGAAACAAAUCAAAAGAACACAUGCCAAGCAUCACUCUGCUGAAGCUGUUGAAACUUACUACCAAAGGUACCUGAAUGGAGUGAUGAAAAAUGCAGCUGCGCCUGUAUUACUGGAGCUGGCCAAUGAGGUGGACUUUGCCCCAUCGUUGAUGGCUCGUAUUGUGCUAGAAAGAUUUCUGCAAGAAAAAGAACAAGCCAUCCCCUCCAAAACUCUUAUAAAUAGUAUGCUACGGGACCCUUCUCAGAUUCCAGAUGGAGUUCUAGCAAAUCAAGUCUAUCAGUGCACUGUGAAUGACUGCUGUUAUGGACCACUGGUGGACUGCAUCAAACAUGCUAUUGGGCAUGAGCAUGAAGUCCUGCUGCGACAAAUGCUUUUAGAAAAAAAUCUCUCUUUCAUAGCUGAAGAUCAGCUUCGUGCAAAGGGUUAUGACAAGACACCAGACUUUAUUUUAGAAGUGCCAGUAGCUGUUGAAGGGCACAUUAUUCACUGGAUUGAAAGCAAAGCCUCAUUUGGUGAUGAAAGCAGCCACCAAGCCUACUUGCAGGACCAGUUUUGGAGCUACUGGAACAGAUUUGGCCCUGGAUUAGUCAUCUACUGGUAUGGAUUUAUUGAAGAGUUGGACUGCCAUCGUGAACGUGGUAUCCUGCUAAAAGACUGCUUUCCUACUGACAUUGUGACUCUGCGACACAGCAUGACUCAAUGCUGAUGCUGGGAGGAAGAGGUGUGUUGGUUGAAGUCCUCAGGAAAGGGCAGGAACUCAACACUUCGCCCUGUCAUACAGGAUGGCAUCCCAUAUUUAAUUGUUGAUGAAAGCACAGAGACAUUUCUCAAGUUGACAAUCGACAGUGAUGCUGAGAGAACAUUCCACAGAAGAGGGGAUGAGCUGCACCUGGAGGAUGCCAGGCCCAGCCCUGCUGAGAGCUGGCAGAUUUGAGAACUUCAACUGGACAUUUUGGGGCUUGUCUUUGUAACAUGAAGCUGCACAGACAUGUCUAACCUCACAAAAGUGCCUCAAGGGUUCUACAAACAUCUCUGAAAGCACAUUGAAACUCUCACUAGAAGAGUAAUUUGGAAAUGCAAGCUUUAGUAGCAGAAAAUUUUUUCCAUUACAAAUAGAUAUACUGGAUUAAUUUUUUUUCUUUUUUUUGUUCUUCUGUAAUGAGCAUUCACACCACACUCCAUUUUGUAUUCAGCAUGAUAGCUCCAUAAUGCGUAGAAAAACAUAAAAAUUAGUUUAAUCAGUUUGUCUUAUACACACUUUAAUCAGCCUCAUUUUAAUGUGUUUGGAUUGCAUUACAUACAAAUGAUGAAAUAUGUUUAGAAUCACUAGUCUGGCUACAUAUCAUGAAAAAAAAUGUACGCACAGUUGGGUCUCAAGAUACAGUUUCAUCCUUCCUCUGAGGCAAGACUGUCCAUACAGAUCAGCUUAAAUGUCUGUCUAAUCUGUUCUUUAAAAAUUCCAAUGAUGGAGAUGCAUAGAAAGAUUAUGGGAACCCGUUCCACUACCCAUCUUAGUCGGAAUUUUUUUCCAGUGUCUUAGGUAAAUCUUUUUCUGUUAUAAUAAGCCUGUUACAUCCCAUCCAGUUAUAAAUUAAUAAUGGAGAAUAAGUGUGGCGGCUGCCUUCUUUUUCUGGCCUUUUCCGUAUUUCUCAACCAACCACCACAAAUUCUUCCAACAUUUUCUGUAUAAAGUUUUGAACUUUAUCAUCAUAUUUGUUACUUUACACUUGUCUCUUCCAGUCCUAACACAUAGUAAGGGAUAUGUGGCUUACAUCUCAGUUUUUUAAACAUUUAUUUAAACAAAAUACAUAGUAGAAAGUGUCUGCUAAAUGGGGCAUGCAGCAGCAAGUUCUUUUGCUUAGGUGUACAUUUGUCAGGAACGCCCAAACUCUGAAUUCUUGCAGUUGGCCUGAUUGUCUUAACAAUUCUGUUAUCAGUAGUCCAACUCAGCUAUACUCAGGAGCUCGUACUUGCCAAAAAGUUGGAGGCUCCAGUAAACACAAGUUUUCCUGUGCUUUCAUUUUCACCCCAGCCUUUCUGUAAGGUGUGCUUACAAAAAGGGUAAGAGCUGUACAAGUUUGUGCUCCAGCAACCCAUGCUCUAGCAACUCUCAGCCCCUAGAAACUCAGCAACAUUUUCUGUCAUGACAAGCAGAUGUGCCAUAGGAAUGUGAGGUAAGAAGUGUCACAGAUUUACCUUUGUCUCCCAUUUACCUAAUCCAUGCUGUACUUAGCUUGAAGCAAUCCUGUCCAUUAUGCUAUGCUUAACUGGUUUAUGUUUCUUGAUCAGAAAUAAUAGAUAACUUACUCAAAGCUAAUACUCACUACAGAUAACAAAGAAAAUUAAGUAUAAUUAAGUUACAUUUUAGCAACAAUGGGGAGUUUAAAUUAUGUCCCAGAUAAGAUACUAGUUAGCUGGAAAAGUAACAUUGAAGAGUCUCUUUAGAGGGAAAAUAUGUUAUCACUUGUUAAAUCCAGCCUUUAGUGUGCAAUUUAGAGUCUCAUCAUUUACAUUUUACAAGCUGCACACUUUUUUACUUUGCUCUUCAAUUACUUGGAUGCAAGAACAUACACGAAGUGGCCAGUUUAAGAGCUCUCUCAUGAAGGCUCAGAAAGGAGACUCAGUUGGAUUUUUCCUCAUACUUCCUCAUCUCUGACCUAGAUGUGCUAGCGGCUAUGAGACUGCUUCUGGUUUGUUUCUCACCCUACCCUACAUUACUGCAUCACUAGGUUAGCCCAGAGACUACAUCUGCGUUCAGCAGCAUCCACUCAUGGCUGAGUAUUUACUCUGUUACUCUUACACAGGAACUGUAUUUUAUUCAGAAUUACUGAUCUUCUGCUAGGUUUUGUGAUGUUAACAAGCUAGGUGUUCCAAAGUCAGGAACAUGAUAAGGCCUCAUCCCUGCUUUCUGGGACAUCCUUUUUAAAAGUUAAAGUGACUUUUACUAAUUAUUACAUAAUGACAAUUUUGCAGUUGCAUGUACUGUGGCACAAGGAUAGUAAGUGCCAGUAUGGUGAGCACCAAGUAGAAAAAUAAGUUCUUGUGUUUAAACAAUGAGUUCAGAAUUGCUUUACAUUUCCCAGUGCUUUUCCACUAGUGCAAAGUGCUUCAUACUCACCCUUACAGCCUUUUUUUUGUCAAAACUUUUUUUUUCUGAUGUUAGUAACACACUUCAGUUCUAAUUUUAUUUUUUAAGUGCUUGAUUAUGCUUCUUGUAGCUUUUUCUACAUUCGUCCCUACUAUAUUGUUUAUUUCUGCUCAUCUCAUCUUUCAGAAUCACAUACCUAGUCCAAAGCUCUGCAUUCUUUAUGGAGAUAAAUAAAAGCCUGCCUGUCUCAUGUGCCAAGCCUGACCGAAGUUGUUCUUCUGGAUUAAUGUCUGCUUUUGAAGAGAGGCAAUGCACAGGCUCCUGGAGGGUCAUGGACUGAAACCUCACUGUCACCAGAGGCUUAGAUGGCAGCUGUGCUUUGCCCAGUCCUACUUUACCAGACCACUCAAGAAGCCUCCACCUUGCUGGGUCAGUACACAGGUGUCCUGUUACCCAGAGAGGGGAACAAAGUUUAUUCUACUACAAUGCAUUCAGUAAAAGGCAUUGUCCUUUAAAUCGAAAGCAGCUUCCUUCUCCCAGCACUCUGCAAGUUGUAUCUAGGAUACUUGCUUUUUUUGUUUGUUUCCAGCUUCCCUAACAAGGUUUUCCAUUAUUCUUUAUACAGUUUUCACCAUUCCUCAUCUGAUUGGUUAAAUCUCUCCUAUUCCCUUUCCAUGUGUUUUUAGUUUAUCAUUAAAAAAAAGAAAUGUUCUUAGAGGCAUAGUAGUUAGCCUGUUUACAACAGUGAUGUCUUAAAACUCUAAUGUACACAAGUUGUGCUUUUAAAUAUGUUAGCCAGUCAGAGGCAUUACUUUGCUUCCCACUUAUCCACUAACAAUGUUAAAACACAGCUUCCUCUAUUUAGCCCUUGUGUGGCAUGCCUGUAAGUGAUGGCUUCCUGGUUUUGUAAAUACUAACAGCUAAACAGUAAAGCAUUUUCUGAUUUCUUGGCCUCGUAUUUCCUUCAAAGAUAUCAAAAAGUAUUUUCCUGAAUUCUUUGGUGAGGCGUAUUCAAUGUGAGUCAGGAGCAGAGGAAAACAAAGGAAAGGACUCAUCAUAAGGAUGAAAUCCCAUGUUUGGAUCCAAACGUCAACUGUCUAGCAACAGAAGAAACAAACUAUAACUGUCUGUUUUGAUGAAUUUUGUUUAUUUUAGCAUAUGACUCUACAGCACUGAAUCUGCAAUAGUUACUACUAACCUUAGGAGAAUAAGGAGUUUGUCACACUGGCUUAGGGUCUGAAAGCAGUUUUACAACAUGUUCCCAUCAUCUGCAGUUUUACUCUGAUUUCUCACUUUCUCUCUCCUCCAUGCUGUGGAGCUUUCUCUCUGCUCCGUGGGUCCAGAUUGAGAGGCAGCUUGUGAGACUCAUAUACUUAGCUAGAUACAUUCCAUUUGCCAAUGUGCUAAAAGUGAAGAUUUUUUUUAUUGUUUCAUUGUCUUGCUUGUUUAAUCUUUCUGCAUUUUCUCACUUUGGAAAGUUCCAUUCACCCACAUGACUGGGAUAAUACCUUUGUCAGAAACAUCCUCAGUUCAGUUUGUAGAGCCAGGUCAUCUCCUGUACCGUACCUCAGCACAACUUCAGCAACUUAAAAAACAUGUACAUAUUUUCUAGUUUACAAUUAUUAAAGCUCUGGUGAUGCAAUAUAAAAGCCAGUGCUCUGAAAGGGAAAACAGAGAUGAUGAUUUCUCUUCUUUGCAUAUAGCUUCUGCCAAAAAUACCGUAAAGCAGAUACCAUAAGAACAUCAGUAAGUUUUAGAUGUAUCCAAGUGGCACAAAGUAUGCUGUAUGGCAGGUGAGCACACUGAAGACAUACAGGUUUGUCAUGAAAUAAGAGGUAUCUUUGAGUUGAUAAAAUUACCUUUGUGUGCCAUUGUUCAUUUAAUGAAAAGAGAGCAUAAAGCACUAUUUUAAUUCAGUUUUUAAAAAAAACAAAACACAAAAACAAUCAAAAGCCACAGCUCUCUGAGAAGUGUAACUGAUUUGUUCCAGAGUUGUUCACUGGUUGAUAUAGCAUAUUGUAACAUUAUUUUGUUCAUGUUUUAAAAGAUGUGUCUUGAGUCAUUGAACUGGCUUAAAGCAUAAAUCUCAUCAGAUCACAAAAAUGCUGAAAAAUUUUCAAGUGAGUGACUGAGUGCUGAUACUGGGCUUGUGUGCAAGAGACAGACCAGCCAUUCUUCCUUAUUUCUAAACAUAUGAAAGCUAAACAAGAUGCAUCUCUGUGGCCUGAAGUAUAGCUGAACUGAACCAAGGAACAAUGGGAAACGCAACUGUCUUGUAAUGCAGUUUAUCAACCCAUCUCCAUAUUUCACUCUUCCUUGCAGUGAAUUAAUCACUUGGAGUUUAUAAGAUACAGAUCAACAGGUGAACCUAUCAAAGAAUACAGCUAUAAUGAAAUAGCAAUACAAUGAUGUUUUCCUUCCCUUGUGCCCUAAAUAUCAGCUGUGUCACUGAGAUAUGCUAGUUUGGGGUUUGGAUUCUUUUUUGUUGUGGAUGGUGAAUGCUGUUAUUUUCCCGAUUAUAGCAAAGGCAAGGAAGAAGGAAAACAAUUAAAGUACUUCAAGAAGAAGAAAAAAAAAUUGCCAGGAACACUAGGAAGCCAAGAUAAACACAGUCAGAGGCCUGUGUUCUUUUUCAUCAGAAAAUCUGUUCACGUGAUUCCUCCAGAUUCAAAAGACUGUCAUUGAUUGCAGUCUGAAUAUAAUGGAGUUGGACCAUCAGGGCCUGUAGUGAACUGUCUUAUUAAAUAUGACUUUUCCACUUGUGAAAUUAGCAGAUUUGUCACAGAAAAGGUUCAGGCAGAAUAAAUUCAAAAACCUCUGAAGCUUUUCAGAGGUACUGGUGUAUCUCUGGCUAAUCAGGGGGCAAGAGUAAAAGCCCAGCAAGCACAGAGAUUAAAAAAACACCACCACAGAUAAUGCUUUCCUCAGGUUCCAGAAAGACUGGAUUUAUAUGGUAAAUAUAGGCUAAACUCUUUUACUUGGUGAAGUAAAGCUUAAGUCUUAAGGAAUGCAACUGAAACUCUCUGGAUGCACAAAGCUUUCCUGGCUGUAUCAUCAGGAGCAGAUCACUGGUAUAUUCCACAAUCCCUCUAUGAUGCCCUACUUCAGGUAUCUCUGUUGUCAAGGCAGGGAGACAGGCUUUGGUCCUAACAGCAAUUCCAUCUGAGACAAUGUCAUCAAAGCUAUAGUUUGAAGUACAAACCCAUUUUGUGUAAAAGUAAGUAUUUACCUCAGCUGAGACUCUGGGACAAUUUAGUCAUGUAGAGUAGUCUCAGAAAACAACUUCCAUCAUGAAUCAUAGAAUGGUGGGAAGGGACCUCUAGAGAUCAUCCAGUCCAACCACCUGCUAAAGUAGGUUCCCCUCAAUCAGGUCACACAGGAAUGCAUCCACAGGGGUUCUCAAAACCUCAAGAGAAGGAGACUCCACAACGUCUCUGGGCAGCCUGUGCCAGGACACCCUCACAGCAAAGUGUUCCUUCUCAGGUUCAGUGGAACUUUUAUGUUCCAGCUUGUGCCUUGUCCCAUCACUGGACACUACAGAAAAAAGACUUGCCCCAUCCUCUCUAUACCUACCCUUUAGGUAUUUAUAAGUGAUGAUGAGAUCUCCCCUCGGUCUCCUCCAGGAUAAACAGCCCCAGGUCUCACUCUCAUUGUAAGAGAGAUGCUCCAGAUGACAACAUGUACAAAGCUAGAAAUGUUGUGAAUGCUCUGGACAGAAAGGGAUCACUGCAAACAGAAGCAGCCCAGUAUAGUUCUAAAUAUAGUUCUGUUACAGCAAUAGCUAAAAACUUAGAUUAGAUACCUGCCUCUGACUUCACAACAGACAUGGAUCCUUCCAGACAUAUAAAUCUCAUGCUGAGAAGUCCCAGUGAACAUCAACAUCUGUUCCAUUAGUCUUGUGUAAGGUUGGUGAACUGUUCUUCUGAGACAACUAAUCUAACAAUACAUGGAAGAUGUUAGUUUUCCCACUGCACCUCUAACACAGGUAAAUCAAGGAAUUGAAGUUUGUCACCAAAGACUACACUAGAGUAAAAUACAGUGGGCAGUACCUCAGCUUCUAAGUCCCAUGUAUAGCUGUGCUUCUACACUCUUGUGUUUUGCUUUUUUGAUUUAUGAUUUGUUUUGGUCUGGGAUUUUUUUUUUUUUUUUUUGCCUGUUUGGGUUUGUUUCCCACACAACAUUUAAAGGCAAUCUUAUGCUGCACAAACCAAAAUGUUUACAAUGUAUUUUUGUUCUUGUGUACUCUAAUUUUGAGUACACAAUUGAGUACAAAUUUGAGUGAGACCAGGCUACUGGGCUUGGGGAAGAAAACAGAAAAUAAUUUAAUCCAACAUCAACUAAAACAUAACCAUAAAACCCCAAAAUAUAACCAAAAUAAAACAACACAGAGUACCCAAUGAAGAGUCUGACCAGCUCUUUAAGAACACCUUCUCCCCACUCCUCCCCUCUUCCUGGGCUCAGAGCCCUGAUCCCAGUGUUUUUACCUCCUCCCCCCGCCCCCGAACGGCCCAGGGGGGCAGGGAGUGGAGGUUUCAGUCAGUCUAUUCCCAAUAGCUUCUGCCGUUUGUCCCUUCUCAGGACAGGUGGGCUUUGCACCAGUCCUCCCUGGAAGUCCACAGGGUACCUCACACACACGGCAGCCCUGCACAGGCUGCUCUGACAUGCAUUUAUCCCAAAGGCUGCAGCUCCUUUCUGCCUCUUGUGUGGAUCUGCUUUGUGGUGUGCAGGCUCUCCAGCACGGCCUGGGCCAUGGCCGUCUCCCCACACAGACCCUCGCCCGUCCAGGCUCACUCACAUGGAGCUGCUGGUACCUCUCAGGUCCUGCCAUGGCCCUGCAUGGGUUGCAGGGGUACAGCCUGCAUUCUCACCACGGCUUGCAGAGGGGUCUCUGGUCUAGUGCUCCUCCUUCCUCCUCCUCUGACUGCGGGGUCCACAUGGUCGCCUCCAUCUCGUAUCACUCAUACACCUCCUACCAGCACUUCAAAUUCCCAUCCCUAAAUAGUGAUCGCAGAGGCGCCAGAUUGGCCCAGCCGGGCCGGAGGUGGGUGUGAACCCAGGAGCCAGGGGAAGAGUUCAGAAACUCUUUACCAGGUCUUCACUGCAACCCCCUCCCCCUGUUACCAAGCAAAAGCUGCUCCUUGCUAAACCAUGACAUCUGUAUAGUACAACCUACAAGAGAUACCUUGUCAUAUCUUCCAUGAAAUGAACUGAGAAACCAUGAGUGGGAUUUUCCUAGUGCAGUCACCAAUAGCUUAACUUAUUGCCUCCAGACAUCACUUACCAGUUAUUUCACAGAAGCCUAAGUUAAGCCAAUUGCCAAAUGCUCUUGAAAAUCUUUAUCCAGUUUUAUAAACUGAAAUUUUAUAAAACCAUUUGAAAUGAAAUGUUGAUGUAUUUUUUUAUUUAUUUUAACUAAGAGUAUAGGCAGUUACAUGGAUGCUCUCAAUCAAGGAGAAGCAGCUCAAUUAUACAUCUGAUUUGUUCAAGUAUAAAGCUGGUUUGUUGGGGUUUUGGGUGUUUGUAGAGACUAUUUUUUACAGGAGACAUAACAGA